CAUUGGGUGUCUGGAACUCACCACAUGAUCAGAUGGACAAUAAAAAUCAGCCAACCUCUGAAGUUGGAGAUGAGGAUGUUGUUACUGGACCUACAAUUCAAGGACUUGAUUCUUUGUUGUCAGCCCCAAUAAAAGACCAGACCGAACAGAAUUCUUUGCCAGCAAGCAUGGUUCUGCAAGAAGAUAGAGUUGAUUUCCAACCAAAGGAACUAACAAUGACUAUGGAUUUUACCCAAACUCAUGGAGCCAUUCUUACUGAUAUUGAAAAUCAUCACACUAUGCAAAGAAGUAGAAUUUCAUCUUCAGAGACAGAGAGUGAUGCCUCUAUCCAGCAUGAUAUUGAUGUUCCAAACCCGACAUUUGUAGGUCCGUCUUACUCAUGUUUAAUGCCAGUAUCAUUCAGUAGUAGCACUGCAACAGAGCCAGGGGACUCUGUUUCUGUAGCUGCUGAAAUGGACCAGACAAGAGUCUUUCAGAGUGAUGACACUACAGGAUUUAUGGAUCUCACCAACUGCUACGGUGGAUUGAUGAAUUCAUCCACAAGUGAGCGGAAAAGUCAAAAGACUGACACCAACUCUUUCCUCCAGUCUUUAAUCAAACCCACUCAACAUAGGAGCAAUACAAGUGAAUUCCUGCGAAGUUUGAUGACUCCCAAGUGUAAUAAUGAUAAUCUGCAGACUGGAUGUUUACCUCAAACAGACACAGGCAUUACUUCUUACACUAAAGAUAGUUCAUUUCCAGAGACCAAGAGCUGUGUAGAUGUAAACCAGUUGGUGCAGUACAGACCAGAUAUGGAAGUGGUGAUUCAAAGUACUGGUAUUGACAAAGAGAAUCAAGAUCACUCAAUAUUGUUAGCAGCAAAUAGGAGUGGAUCUCUUCAGUUGACAGGUAACAAAACCAGAGUUUUCUCCAAUGACCAAGCUGAUAUGGAUAUGACAGAGUGUGUGCCUAGUAAUGCACUUAGUAUAUCCCAAGUAGAAAAUAAGAACUGUAGAACGAGCCACAUAUUAACAGAGGAUCAAACAAGAAUGUUCACUACAGAGGAUGCAGAGAAAAUGGAAAUGACAGAUGGUGUUGGAAAUGUGUUACAGGCAUCAUUCUCUCAAGAUUUGAAAGAUAAGAAGAUUGCAGAUCAGACAGUAAUGCUUUCUGAGAGUCAAGAUCACUCCAUAUUGUUAGCAGCAAAGAGGAGUGGUGCUCUUGAGUUGGCAGAUAACAAAACCAGAAUUUACUCCAAUGAUGACCAAGGUGAUAUGGAUAUGACAGAAUGUGUGCCAAGUAAUGCACUUAGUAUAUCUCGUGUGGGAACUGAAGAAAGCCAGCGUAGAACUAGCCACAUAUUACCAGAGGAUCGAACAAGACUGUUCACUACGGAGGAUGCAGGAUUAAUGGAAAUGACAGAGUGUAUUGGAAAUGUGUUACAGGCAUCAUUCUCUCAAGAUUUGAAAGAUAAGAAGGUUGCAGAUCAGACAGUAAUGUUUGCUGAUGGUGGAGAUGCAGAUAUGGAUGAAACAACACCUCUUGGACAAAUUCAGUUAUCCAGCAGUUCUUCAGUGGCAGGACAUGAAGACUACAAGCCAUCAUUCCGAAAUAAAUCUCUUAGCAUUAUCCAGGAAGUAGACGAUGAGAACGUAAGCAGAAGAAAUUCAAGUGUUAUUAAUUGUACUUCUACUAAUGAUCAUAAAUAUAUUGAUAGAACAACGCAUGGGGCAUUUGUCAAUGACUUUACCAUUGGUAUGGACUUCACAGCCAAUGUUGGUCAGAUUAUUAGACCAAAGUAUACAAGUACUCCUUUUCAACAAACCUUAUCAAAAAGUCUUUGCGCAAAAGAUAAUGUAUUAGGGCAGGAAAUUACUAGUUCUCAAGGUGAGAUGAACCAAGAAAGCAAAUCAGGGAAAGAAUCUAAAGGCCAAACUUUAGAGAUGCCCAAAUAUAUGGAGGAAGAAACUGUCAAAAUGGAACUGACAUCUUGUGUCGGAGGACCAAUGCCAGAAAAUCUUAAAAGAACUUCAGGAGGAUUUGAAAAUCAUUGUUCUGCAUCAGAAAUAACUAGAAUAUUUGGUUUAGGGGAACACACUAACAGAAUGGAGUUGACAUCUUGUGUUGGAGGACUUUUGCAGCAAUCUUCAAAAAUAGGCCAACACAAUAUUACUGUUGCAGAAAUGACAUCAGCUGUUAGUAUUGGUGAGGAUACUGGAAAAAUGGAGCUAACCUCAUGUGUUGGAAGACUUGUGCCAACAAACCAAGUAAAAACUCCAGUGAGUGUGAGAAACGUAAUACCUGCUGUAGAGACAACACAAGUUUUUGGUAUGGGAGAAGAAACUGGAAGGAUGGAACUAACAUCUUGUGUUGGAGGACUUUUGCCAACAAAUCCAAGAAAAACUCCAAUGAAUGUCAGAAACAUAAUACCUUCUGUAGAGAUGACACAAGUUACUGGAAGGAUGGAGCUAACAUCUUGUGUCAGUGGUUUGUUACAAAGUAAUCAACCAAAAACUCCAAAGAGUGAUAGAAAAGAACCACCAGCUGCAGAUACAACUACCAUGCCAGAGGAUACUAGAAAAAUGGAAAUGACAUCUUGUGUUGGAGAGCCUGUGUCAACACAUCAAACUUUAUUGAAAGAUAGAAGCAAAACAUCUGUUGCAGAGACAACACAUUUAUUUGGCAUGACGGAAGAUACUGAAAGGAUGGAAUUUGCAAGCUGUGUUGGAAGUCUUCACAUGAGCAAUACAAGCAAUGAAGCUGCUGCAGAGACAACUGUUUUUGGUAUUAGAGAGAAUACUGGAAGAAUGGAACUAACAUCCUGCGUUGGAGGUUUUGUACAAACAAAUAAAGUAAAACCUUCAAAUAAUAUAAAAAUACCUGCAGCAGAAAUGACAAGAGUUUUUGGCACAGGAGAUGAUACUGGAAUGAUGGAACUAACAUCUUGCAUAGGAGGACUGCAAGAUGCAACAGCUACUUUUCGCAUGGAAGAAAAUACUGGAAAGAUGGAUAUAACAUCUUAUAUUGGAGGACUUCCUCAAACAAGUCAAGCAAAAACUCCAAUAAGUAGGAAAACACCUGCUGCAGAGAAGACAAGAGUUUAUGGCAUAGGAGAUUAUACUGGACGGAUGGAACUAACAUCAUGUAUUGGUGGUUUGCUACCAACAUCAUUUGUCGAUCAGCAUCAGAAAACAGCUCAAGAAAAAAUGCCAGAGAGUAAUAGAUGCAAAAUACCUGCUGCAGAAACUACCAAAUUAUUCUCCAUAGGAGAAGAUACUGGAAGAAUGGAACUUACAUCAUGUGUUGAAGGUGUUUUGCAGCAAUGCAAUGAGAGUUCUCAAGCAGAUAUUGAAAGAAAAUAUUGUAUUCCAGAAGAUACUGGCAUCAUUGGUCUACAAAAAGAAUCUGACAAAAUGGAUCUAACUUGCAUUGAUAAUCAUUUGCAGCAAUGUGAGGUGGUUGAAAGUGAUGGAGAAGAACCAGUUGCUAAGAUUCACAAUACAGAAUCUGAAAUGAUUGGCUCAAUAUCAGAUAUCAACAUUUUUCUGACGAGCAAGAAGAGUGACAUUACAAACUCACAUGCACAGAUUCCAGAUAUGAUUAAUCAAAGUAACAUCUCUCAGAUUGCUGACUUAGGAACUCGUAUCCUAGAAACUGAGACGAUGAAUAUGAACUCUGUAAAAGCUUUACAACAACUUUCAUCAUCCAUUGCCAGUCAAAGCACGUCAGUACCAGUUACAGAAAAUAUGGCAGAGUCUGAGCAUUCUGAAGUGAGUUCCAUAGGAAUUGAUAUCUUGGGUACUGAUGACAAAGAUCGCUCUGCAGGAACUUUCACGAUUUUGAAAAGUGGGGAUGCAGAUACAUUCACAAUAGCAGGUGAAUCUGAAAGUUGCCGACAAGCGGAAUGUCCUGAAGAGGUAUUUCCACGUGCAAAGAGAAAGCAAGAGGUGGACUGUCUUGAAGAAUCACGCCCACAUAGUAAACUUCUAAAGACAGAUUUACAUGACACGUUUGUGACUCGGGAAAAAGAAGAGUCAACAAAAGGUAUUCUUGAAGAACUUCCACCAGAUGAAAUAGAGGAACUGGAGAACCUAGAUUUAACUGCAGCUACAACUUUUCAUGUAAAUGAGGUGGCAAGUAAUUGUAAACCAAGUGUCAGUUCAGAUGAAGAUGGCAGUCAAAAAGAAAGUCUCUCAAAGUCAAUACUGGACCGCACAGUAAUGGAUAACUUAAGCUUUCUCGAUACGGCAAAAUCGGCAGGUAAUGAGAUCACUGUGGGUGAAUUCUUGGAGAAAUUCCUAAGUGCCAACUUAACAUCACUACCACCAGCAACCAACGAUAGAAGAAGUUUAAUGCCAGUACUACAGCGAUCAGAACCAAAUGACCUUGCAAGCUGUCUGCGGUCAUCCUGCAUCGACACCCCAAAGUGCCAGAUGUAUGAAUGGGCAGUGGAGUAUGUCAGCCAGAAUAUUGAAACGAUGGAGCGUUCAGUGUCUGAGCUGACCGAGAAGCUGUAUCACAAGGAAGAGAUGAAAAAAAAGAUGAUUAUAGGUUCAACUGAAAUGAAAGGGUUUGAAAAACGGGUUCAGAAGCUACACCAAGUGUGUCGGAAAGGGACAAAAACAAGCUGGAAGGAAUGGAAAUCCAAAAUGCUGUCAUCAAUACUCACAUCAGUCACGGAGCGUCAUGACCAUUUGAAGAAGACAGUUGAAAGCAUUUCAGAAUUUGUCACCCAGAUUGACAGUGAUAUACAGGAGCUCGAGAAAUAUGAAACUGAUUUAGACACAGCUAUCAAUGAGCUGGAAUCAUUAGACCUGCCAGAUGAGGAGCAGCAACAACUGUACAUUGAACAACAGGGUAAAAUUAGCCUACUGGAGAGGGAGCUAGAGGGUAUGCAGGAAAACCAGACAACAUUGCAAAAGGAAUAUGAAUUGUUGGUAAAAGAGGAGGAAUGGGUACAGAGUGAGCUUCAGGACUUAGAGGAAAAGAGAAACAAAGUAGAGGAGGUUGAUAAUGUUGCCGAGAACUUACAAACAGCUUACAACAAGUGCAAACGCAUAGAAAGACUGUGUGAAGGUAAAGUUAAAGAGUGGGAUGAUUCCAGUUGUGCCGUGGCAUUCCUUUACGAUUCCCUCUGGCUGCGAGUUACAUAUGGUGGAGCAGUUCUCAAUGAUUUAAAAGAGAGAGUUGUUUCAUCGGUACAGUUUGAGUCAUACCUUGAGAACACUUCAGCUCCCUCAGCGCAUUUGUCGCACAUCAUGAUGCAAGAAGCUGUUGAUUGCAAGACCCUACUUCAGAAAUAUCCAACAACCAACUGCCUACCAAAGAUGUUGGAAGAAUUAUCUUAUAUUGCUUGUCAUGCCAGAAGUCUUGAAUGUGAUAUUCGGCAUGUGCAGUUUUGGCAUCCGGUCGAGAUACAUAACACCAAAGUUGAAGUUGAAUUUUCAAAUUUCCGUGCAUUUGCUAAAUUCUACAUUACAUUUGAAUUGGUACCGGAUAGCUAUCCCGCAGCUCCUGUCAAGUUCACCUUCACCAACAAGAUAGGCAAAGUCAGUGAGGAUGAUAUUAAUACUGUUGUCACCGGUGUACGGCCUGGCUACUGCUACUUCAAGAGACUUGUGGAAGCUGUGGAUACUUACAUUAAAGAAUGCUCCAUUAAUACUGAUCAUAGUGAAGAAUCAUAACUUGUAUCCAUAUUCAUUAUUAAUUGUCAUUAUUAUUAUUCUUAUCUAAUAAUGGUAUAACCUGAAUCUAUAUUUUAUUAUUGUUUUUAUUAUUGAAUCAGCUAUGGCUACAUUUAUAUUCAGCAUAUCACUGCAGAAAAUGAAAUAGUUAAUCAUUAAUCACUAUUUAAUGAUCUAGAUCAGCGGUAAAAUCUGAAGAAGAAAAAUUAAUUUCCAAACUUAAUUGCACAUUUAAAAGAAUUAAAUGAGUUUAUCAACUUCCAAUCACACAGAUUACAAAAUAGAUUUCCUUGAUUUAUACACAUUUUACUGUAAAGAAAAAUAAUUGAUAUCAGACAAUUUAACUGUCUAUGAAAGAAUAUAGGCACAGUAUCAUUUUUAGAUUUGUUAAUUAUUGUCAAUUUUCCCUGUUUCUAAUUCAAAUUUGGAAUAAGGUAAUAAAUUCAAUGCAGAAAGUAAGCAAUUAAAAGAAUUUAAUUUUAAGCUACGUUCAGGCAUAUCUAACGCCAGACGUAGGUUAAUCCUUGGCGUAACUAGCAAGAUGCCCAGACUGGCCAAUUAGCGUAUCGCUAGCGUAAGUAUUCACGCGAAUAUUUGUAUUAGUAAUCAUGCAUUUUAUGUCCUGUUCACAUCUAGACUUAUUGUGACUGGUCAAGUCCUGGUCGAGUUCAAAGUCAUUGGUGCAUGACUUUCGUAACUCAGUGAUGUACGCUAGUCUGGGGUCCGUUGGCGCGUUAAUACUGGCGUUCGCUACCCUGCGCACAAGUUCGCCCCGCUCGUAUGAAGGAUUGGAAUAUAUAUAAUCAGCUCUCUGCUGACUUAUUCUAACAUGACUUGUAAACAGUAUUAAUUGCACUCAAAUCUAUCAGUUAUCAAUUUAUACUCUAGCUAGAGACAACAAAAAAAUACCUGGUUAUGUUUUAUUUCCAUUUAAGUCAGUCUAACAGUUUAAAAACCCUACGUCAAGGCAGAGAGCCUGGGCUGCAGCACCACACAGUGUUUUUUACCAUGGUACCUUCAUUUUUUUUCUUUAGAGGUGUCAGAAUACAAGAACUAAAGAUGUUUUUUAAUGAAUUUUGUUGUGUGUGUAGUAUGUAUUUUGCAUAGCACUCUUAUAUUUGAUGUUUAAUUUUUGUAUAAAUCUUAGAAUACUGUAUGAGAUUUACAGUAAAUUAAAUGAUUGAUACUUAAUAUUUGUCAUUCAGUUAUGUCCUAUUGGUGUGUAAUACUAUAGUUUGUACAAUUCAGGAAUUUUUAGAUAAGGAAAUGUAUGAUUAUUACAUGGGCGAUAGGUGUAGAUCGUUUAACCAAUAGAUCGCAUUGAAAACUUCACUUGUCUGCCAUCUUUGUAGAGAUUACAUUCGACCCAAACCACCUCCAUUAUAGUACUAUGUAACUACUCUUAUUUAAGGUGUGGACUAGAUCGUAUAGCUACUCUAGUCUGUCCACAACAGGGGAUGUAUGGUCCAGUACCCUGGGGUAACCCCAAAUCGUAUUGGAUUCUUUAAAGUACAUAUGGGUCAAAUUGUGUACACUGGGCCUACGGUUUAUAGUCCUUAUUUGAGAAGACUUGUUCCACCACCAGAACCAUAGACAAGUGAGCUGUUCAAACCAGCUCCAAUAUUAUAGCUUUACAUUGAGUGAACACCUUAGAUGCACAUAAACCUGUUCUUAAUCUUCAUUUUACACGAAUCAAAACAUGUUGUUUAUGCUGUUAAAAGCACUUUAUUAUAUUUUGCAAAUGCCUAUAGCCCUUGCCAGUAAUCAUUUUUAGAAGGUAGGCUAUAUGGGCCAAUCAAACCCGUCAGCAUUUUUAAAAAAAUUUCAGAUUUUCAAUAUUCAGUCUCCCAUUUUCAAAAUCCCGAAUCUACUUGUAACUGGCCAGUGGACAUACCAUGUAUAAUGUAUAUAAUUUAUUUCAAUAAAAUGAAAUACUGUAUGGGUA